AUGGGAACACCCUUCAUCUCCCUCCUAGAGCCCACGCUGCUCAACUGGGACAGGUCGCUGCCCUCGUCGCAGCAGCCCGCCAGCGCUUCGCUCCCCCGGACCUUCCUCGAUGCCAUGGAAGUGCGUGAGCAGGUCUACGUCACCGAACAGGGCGUGCCCCAGGAGAACGAGUUUGAUCUCGACGACAGCCGGUCAUGCCACUGGGUGAUCUAUGCCUCGGUCAACAUCAAGCAGCACCACCACCAGCAGGACAACGGGCUGCCCGAGCUCAACCGCAGCGGGCGGCAGCGCAGCGAGACGCGCACGCUGCCGAUCGGGACGAUCCGGCUAGUGCCGUUCCCGCACCCGCCGCACCCGCGCAACGGCGGCGUGUACGCGGACUGGAAGCUGACCAACGCGGGGGCGCCCGUCUCCAAAGAAGGUCAGCGGGACCCGUCAGCCGCCAACGGCAACGGUAACGACGGGGAGACCGUGGCGCCGCUGACGGCCAACGAGCUGGAGCGGCACGCGCGGCCGCUGUUCGGGCGGGACCAGGCGACCGAGUUCCACGACGGGGCGGAGCUGUACGUGAAGCUGGGGCGGCUGGCCGUCCUCAAAGAGUUCCGCGGGCGGGGGAUCGCGGGGCAGCUGGUGCGGGCGGCCUUGGGGUGGGCCGCACAGCACGGCAACUACUUCAACCCGAGCGUAGCGGCGCUGGGGCUAGACCACCUAGGCGGCGAGAUGAGCGGCGAGGUGCCCAUGCUCAAGUGGCGGGGGUUGCUGUGCUGCCACGCCCAAGAGGACGCCGUUAAGUUCUGGGAGAAGGCCGGCUUCGCCGUCGACAAGAAGAUGGGCAGGUGGCUUGAGGAUGGUAUCCCCCAUGUUGGCAUGUUCCAGCGCCUUACCCUGGAGCCGAGUCCACCCCAGAUCUGA